AUGAGAUUAAUUGAAAUUUAAAACGCUAUAUAUUGUGCAUAUUAUACAUGUGUACUAUAAAUACUUGUACAAGAAAUUAGGUUUAGGUACAUUAUUCUCCAAAUCAUCAGUCUCUACAAAGUAUAUAAAAAGCAAGUAGUCGAUCUCUACGUUGUAUUCGAUAAUGGCCUCUCAGCUACUGCAGGCAUCUUUGGUCUUCACGGUGACAAGGAAAAAGCCUGAGCUUAUAGCUCCGGCGAAACCAACUCCACGGGAAAUCAAGUGCCUCUCCGACAUUGAUAGCCAACCAGGUUUGAUGUUCCACGUUCCAUUUAUGAUGUUUUAUCGCAAUGAGCCUUCCAUGAGCGGGAAAGACCCCGUCAAGGUCAUACGUGAAGCUCUUGCUAAAACCCUUGUUUUUUACUAUCCCUUCGCGGGUCGGCUCCGGGAGGGAUACGGAGGGAAGCUGAUGGUGGAUUGCACCGGCGAGGGCGUCAUGUUCAUCGAGGCUGACGCCGAUGUCGCGCUUAAACACUUCGGACAUGCGCCCAGGCCUCCGUUUCCAUGCUCAGAUGAACUUCUUUACGAUGUUCCAGGCUUCGGAGGAAUUCUCAACAGCCCCUUGCUCCUUAUUCAGGUGACUCGUCUAAGGUGUGGAGGUUUCGUUUUUGCUAUACGCCUAAAUCACACCAUGUCAGAUGCCUCUGGUCUAGUCCAAUUCUUGAACACCAUAGCCGAAAUUGCAAGAGGUGCAGAAGCUCCAUCGGUUUAUCCAGUAUGGCAACGGGAGUUUUUCGACGCCCGUAACCCUCCCCGCAUAACAUGCACACAUUAUGAGUUUGAAGAGGAACCCGCAGAUUCAAUGGGACCAAACAUUAUUCCACUCGACAACCUCGUCCAUCGUUCUUUCUUCUUCGGACCUACCGAGAUUUCGGCUUUACGUAGGUCUCUCCCGCCCCAUUUGCUCAAAUGUUCGAGGUUCGAGGUGGUAACGGCUUGUCUUUGGCGCUGCCGUACGAUUGCCAUGGAAUUUGACCCCAACGAGGAGGUGCGGAUCUGUGGCACAGUCAACGCACGUCCUAGGUUAAAAAAUCCCCCGGUUCCAAAUGGGUAUUAUGGGAAUGCAUUUGUUUAUCCCGGAGCAAAAUCAACUGCAGGCAAAGUGAGCAAAAAUCCACUGGCUCACGCACUCGAGUUGGUCACUAAUAUAAAAUCUAGUUUUACCGAAGAAUACAUUAAAUCGGUAGCUGACUUAAUGAUUCUUAAGGGACGACCAAGGUUCACCGUGCAAGGGACUUUUAUUGUUUCAGAUGUUUCUCGUUUUGGAUUCUCAGAAUUAGAUAUUGGAUGGGGCCAGUCGGUUUUUGGUGGGCCGGCUCAUGGAGGUGUGGGUGGUAUUCCCGGUUUAAUAACCUUUUACUUACCAUAUGAAGAUAACAAAGGCGACCGUGGGAUUCUGGUUCCGAUGUGCUUGCCGGCGAUUGCAAUGGGGAAGUUUGUGAAAGAGCUUGAAAACUGCUUAAUGAAGUGAACUUCAUCGUCCCAAAAGUCAAAUGCAUUUAUAUGUGGUAGUUAAUUAACAUCAAUCAUAUUUAAUUUCAACCUACGAAUUGUCUAUAUUUAUCUUGUUAUUUAUUGUUGUCGCCACAAAUAUGGAGCACCAGGUAUUAUCGUGUGUUUAUAAAAGAUUGAAAUUAUAUAAGUUAGUUGGUACGGUGUGAGAUAUUGAUUUAAUUUUUUUUUUUUGAGUUA